AUGGGAAAUUGUUCACUCUCUAGUUCAUGUGAGGUUGUAGAAACAAGUAAAUUUAUUCCUAAAUUUGAGAUCUAUCGAUUAACGAUUUCGAACUUUAAACAAUUUUAGGGUCUGGGUCCUUCGGUAAAGUAUGGAAAGCGUUAAAUAGGAAAAAUAAAUAAUUUGUUGCUGUAAAAGUAGUAUCAAAACUAUUGUAAUUUUAUACCUUAACCCUUAGGAUCUUAUAGUAGUGUACUGUAUCACAGGUUAUCAAUGAAAAAAAUAUAUUAUCUCAAAUAGAAAAUCCAUUUUUAGUAAAUUUGAGGGCUGCCUUCUAAGACAAUUAUAAUCUGUACUUGUGUUUGGAUUUAAUGUCAGGAGGAGACCUCAGAUAUCACCUAAAUAAGAAAAAGAGAUUCACUGAAAGUUAAACAAGUAUGUAUUUAUUCUACAUAGAAUUCUUUGUUGCUUGUAUUUUUACCGCUUUAGAUUAUCUUCACUAAUAAGGCAUAAUUCAUAGAGAUUUGAAACCUGAAAACUUAGUUUUUGACAAAUUUGGAUAUAUUCGAUUGACUGAUUUUGGUAUGGCUGGUAUUUGGAGACCAAACAAAUUAGAACAUAUUUGUGGAACUGUUGGUUACAUAGCUCCGGAAUUAUUCCUUUACAAACAGGACGGAAUAGGAGUUGAUUAUUUUGCUUUGGGAGUUGUUGCUUAUGAAUGUAUGCUUGGAAGAAGGCCAUAUGAAUCAGAAGAUGUAAAAGAAUGGAAAGAUACGCUAAACUUAAAAUAGGUUUAAAUUAGGAGACAGGACCUACCGGUUGACUGGUCUAAGGCAGGAGGGGACUUUAUUAAUAGAGUAUUAUUGUAUUCAUCAACCUAGUUAAUUUAAAUAAAACCUGAAGAUAGAUUAGGAACAAAUGAUCCUAAAUAGAUAAUGAAACAUCCUUGGUUUAAUAAUUUUGAUUGGGACAUGCUCAUAUCUAAAGAAAUGAUUCCUCCUUUUUCUCCCAAGAAACGUAUUGGAUACAGCGAUUUUCAAAAGGGAAGAAAGAGCAAAGGCAAAUUACUAAAUUUAGAAAUUUUAAAUACAAAAUAAUCAUGUAAAAAUGAUUAAUAUAUUUUAGAAUUCGUAGGGUAUAAUUAUAUACCAAAAAAAAUAACUGAAUAUUGA